GCCGGGGUAGUGGGUCCUCCCACCACUGUCCCGGGAAGGGCGGCAGGAGCGGCCUCUGGCCCCCUCGCUGCAGAAGUGCGAGGCAAACCCCAGAAGACUGAGAGCCGUCACUCGCGGGAACCUCCCUGGGGGAUGAGGACCCUCCUAGCCUCCCGCCAGGAGAUUUCUUCCCCAAGGCCAAUAUAACCUUUCUCACCGAGACCAUUUAUUAUUUCUGAACACUUAUAUAUUCGUUGCCGUGGAGUCAAUUCCGACUCAUAGCGACCCUAUAGGACAGGGUAGAACUGCCCCAUAGAGUUUCCAAGGAUCGCCUGGUGGAUUUGAACUGCUGACCUUUUGAUUAGCACUCGCAGCACUUAACCACUAGGCCAUCAGGUCUGAACGCUCUGCACUCCAUAAAUUUAUCCAAAUGUCGAAUUUAAAUUUAGACUCAGGGUAUUGGGCACAUGAAGUUACCGGUCAAGAUGUACCCCGGCGCAUACAGUAAGCGUCAAAUCAUUGAUUGACACGUGGCCUUGGGGUAACGGUAACCCCCUCAAUUUGCUGAUGAAGCCCCCAGGACCUCGGGUUUCAUUUGCCCCCAAAUCCGACCCCAAGGCUCCAUAUCCUGCGCGCCUUCCACUGCGUUUUGGAAAAAUCCUCGGUUGGGUCGCGCGCCUUUUCGCCUGAUGACUAAUAGUGACACGCUCCGCAGCCCCGAGUCCCAGCAGGAACAGGCUCAAGCCCUUUGUUGUUCGCAGGAAGGUUCUAGACCUCGCAUUUAUCCCAAGUCCCAGCAGAAGCCCUGGCCUGCGUGGCUCGGCGCCUUUAAGAACCGGGCCCUCCCCGGUCAGGUGACCAGGCCGUCGCUAAGCAACAGGACGCCACGCCGACAGUCGCGGCUUUGCUGCCGAGCGUGCUUCCGCCCUUCUCGUUGCUGCGGUGGCCAGAGACAAUGUCCCAGGAAGACCCCAAAGAGUGGGCAGAACCCGCCGAGCACAAGGCCAAGUCUCCCCCGGAGAAAACCAGCGACUAUUACCGAGUGAGCGAGGACCUACCGGCCAGGUUCAACAACCCGGGGUGGUUUCGGGGCUACAGGACCAAGGAGCCUGGCUCCAUGUACAGGACCAGCAAUCAGGCAUAUGGAGGCCAAGCCCCCACGGUGCACGAGAUGCCGAAAGUAUUUUAUCCUCAUUCCAGUAAAUUUUCCCAACAACUUGCUGCCUUCGGGAUGUACCAGAACAACACCUUCAACGUCUUCAUGGAGAGAAGCUUCGUGACCGGCCCGGACAACUACAUCACCCCCUAUGACCGCCUCAACUUCCACCCCAGCUACAACACCAACAGGCCGUCCAUCUGCGACUGAGAGACCCGGCCGGUGAAGAAUCAUCACCCCUGGGCCUGGGUCACCUGCUCGGCUGUAGUGGUUCGGCCUUCACCGCUUGUCCCGAAGCUAACUUUCUUCUCUGCAAUAGUGAAAACAGGCAAACAGGCCUGCAUUUCCUGCUUUAUUUUAUGUCUAAGAUGUACAUGGAAAAGAUGCUAUUUGUAUGACUUUCCAUUAAAACUAUUGCCACGUAUA